GGCGUCCUAACGGUCCUCCAACAGGUUUACGUGAGCGUCUAAGCACUAUAUUAAACCCCUCACCUCCUCCUUCUUCUGCAGCAGCAGCAGCAGCAGCAGCACAAGCACAAGCACAAGCUCAAGCUCAAGCUCAAGCACAAGCAGCAGCUGCAGCACAAGCACAAGCACAAGCAGCAGCAGCAGCUGCAGCAGCACAAGGAGCAGCAGCAGGAGGAGGCCCUCCAGCAGCAGCACCUGGUAGAGAAGGAUCUCGAGGAGGCUCUGCAAGAGCGCGGUCAACCUGGGGUGUAAGUGCUGCAGGAGAUGGUUCUUUAGCUUUAGGCAAUCCUUCGACCCCUUCAAACGGAGAUUUGCUGCUUCAAUAUUUAGAGAAGAGAGCAAGUGCAAACAGCAAGACCCCUCAAGAGUUUGUUGCUGCAGUUAUGUCUAAGAAAGGCGGUGCAGCACUUCCACCUACACCCCUAGCAUUCAGCCUACCUCCUCCUCCAGCAGUAGCAGCAGCACCAGCAGCAGUAAGAGAAGCAAUACCUGAAGAAGAUAGCGGUUUAGUUGAAGUAAUGGACUCUGAAGCUUGUGCUCAAGUACCUGUUGCAUCUCCUUAUGAUUGUAUAAGAAGAGAAUUAAAGCAGACACCGUAUUCAUGCAGCUUAGAGUUUUAUCCUGAGGUUUGUAAUCUUGCUCGACGACCGAUGGAGACAAAGAGACCUAAGGAUGUAGAGAGAUCUGUCCCUUAUCAAUGCCCUAAGCUUCGUAAUAAACAAAUGUGUUAUAGUUCUCCGAAGGUAGAGCAAACAACUUGUGUAGGAGUCGUAAGUAAAGCUAAAGAAACAGAGUGUCAACGAAAUCAUGUACAAAAGUCUUGUACAAUCGUAGAAGAAACAAUACCCUGGAGUUGUUACGAGACAAAAGAAGUCGAGUUAGAAUAUGCAUGCAAGAAGGUUGAGCCUACAACAGAAUGCUCUCCUAAUCUAAUUGCUGUAGAUGAUGUAUGUACAAGAGAAACUAAAGUACCUGUUGUUUACGAGUAUUAUGAUGUAGAGCCUGAAGAACAAUGCGAGACAAUCCAAAAGAAAAACAUGUGUACUCGAGCUGUACGUACAGUCGAUUUAUACUCGUGCCCCGAAACAUACCUUGAAAAGGUCUGUUUUGCUGUUGAUAAACCCGUAGCUAGACUUUGUGAAGAACCUGCUUCUAUAAUUGAGGAGUAUCCUUGUGAGAAAACAGAGACACGUAUUGUUAAGAAAGCAUGCGGCUCACGUAAAUUCUUAAGAGUUGAAGUUGAGGGGCAGCAAGACUCUGAUCUUAAUUUUAAUUCGCAGCAAAGAAGAAAGCUAUGUGACUAUGAAACAACUGUACGUACACCCUAA